AUGGAGCAGCAGCAGCAGCAGCAGCAGCAAACAGACACGCCCCUCCACCUGCAGGCGGGACCUGUCUCCUUCGUUGGCUGCUUAGAGCGGAUAUCUCAUUGCCGCAUGCGUGGAUCUUCUCGUCUUAUGUUGUCCACCGCCAAAGUGCGGGGUCUGCAUGACUCUCAACGUACAGCAGCAGCAGACAGCAGCAGCAGUAGCAGCAGCAGCAAACGCAGCAGCAAGCGCAGCAGCAGCAGCAGCAGCAGCAGCAGCAGCAGCAAGGAUGAUACUGCAUUAAGGGUUGAAUGGAUAGGAAAAUUUCAUCAAUUGCUGCACCUAAGAGCAGGACAAAUCGUCACCGUUACAGGAAAGGCAGUAAAGAAGACACGCAGCAAAACGCCAUCAAUGAUUAAUCCUAAGAUUGAAGUUCUUGCUAAUAGCGAAGAAGCAUUCAGAUCUGCUGCUGCUGCUGCUGCUGGUGGUGCUGUUGGUGCUGCUGCGGCUGCUGCUGGUGCUGCUGGGGACAGCAGCACCAACAACUGUGACAGCAGCAACAGCAGCAAGGCGUUAAGAAGAAUUCAUUUACCAAGAGAAAGAGAAGAAGUUUAUGAUGCAAGAAAACGUCUUGCCUUUGAUUUGCUGCUGUGGGUACAUCUUGCUGCAGAAAAAAAAUUGCUGCAGGCUCUAGAGGAGAUACGGCGAGAUAUGGCACUGCCGAGGCCAAUGCGCAGACUCGUCCAAGGGGAUGUAGGUAGCGGCAAGACAGUAGUAGCAGCAGGGGCGAUGGCAUUGGCUGCCUCUGAGGGUUUACAGGCAGCACUCUUAGUACCAACAACAGCAUUAGCUAGACAACACCAGAAAGUCAUAGGAGACUUGCUGUCUCCUUUAGGGUUUAGUGUUGCCCUCCUUACAGGGCAUCUUCGUAAUAAGGAAGAAGUUACGCAGGCUAUUAAUAGCGGCGAACAGCUUCUUGUCGUGGGGACGCAUGCGCUGCUGCAGAGCCGCGUCAACUUCCCGCGUUUAGGUUUAGUGAUUAUAGAUGAGCAACAUAAGUUUGGCGUAAAACAAAGAAGCAAAUUGCUGCAGGACUGCAUGCAGAGACACACUAACGCAGCAGCAGCAGCAGCAGCAGCAGCACAGCCGCAGCAAGAGCAGCAGCAGCAAGAGCAGCAGCAGCAGCAGCAGCAGCAGAAGGGACUAAAGGGACUAUGCGAUGUCCUGCUGCUGACGGCAACGCCAAUCCCUCGUACUCAGCUUAUGUCUCUAUGCGGCUUACUAGACUUCUCUAGGCUGCAGAGACGCACAGCAGCAGCAGCAGCAGCAGCAGCAGAUGCAGCAGAUGCAGCAGAUGCAGCAGCAACAGAUACAGCGGCAGGUGUAGUAACAGGUUCAGCAGCAAAUGCAGCAGCAGAAGAUGCAGCAGCAGCAGCAGGUGCAGCAGCAGCAGGUACAGACAAAGACAUACCCACAGCAGAGCGCAAAGCAGCAAGAGCUGAAACUGCUGCUACAGCAGCAGCAGCAGCUACAGCAGCAGCAGCAGCAACAGCAGCAGAGGGAGUAUUCAAGUAUCAGAACAGGACAGCAGGAGCAGCAGCAGCAGGAGCAGCUGCCACAGGAGCAGCAGCAGGAGGUGUGGAGACAUAUGUAGUAGAUAGAGGAGAUCAAGAUGCCCUUGCUGAGGUGAUAGGUAUCCUUCAUGGCCGUUUAUCUUGUAAAGAACAAGAAAAAGUUUUGGGGCUUUUUGCAUGCAAUAAAAUAUCUUUAUUAAUAUCUACUACUAUUAUAGAGGUUGGCGUAGAUAUACAAAAAGCACAACUUGUUGUUAUUGAUGCAGCAGAGAGGUAA